GAUGGUCUGCGAGAAGUGUGAAAAGAAACUGGGCAAAGUUAUCACUCCAGAUCCAUGGAAAAGUGGAGCGAGAAAUACCAAUGAAAGCGGUGGCAGAAAAAUCGGAGAAAACAAAGCAAUUACAGCCAGCAAAGCAAGAUUUAAUCCAUACACAACAAGGUUUGAAACAUGUCGAAUUUGUAGGCAAAAAGUUCAUCAAGUUGGUUCCCACUACUGUCAAGCAUGUGCCUAUAAAAAGGGUAUCUGUGCCAUGUGUGGAAAGAAAAUUUUGGACACAAAGAACUACAAGCAAUCUGCAGUUUGAUUUACCAUUUCAUUAUUUCUGGAUUUAAUUACUUUCACCCAUUCAGUUUUUGUUGACCAAUGGGUGCAGCAGAAUCUGCGAAAUACCUCUUUGUCGAGCAAUUUUGACCAUGGCUGUCUAACUGCGUCACAUCAAGGCAUACCAAUGUCUCACAUGAUCUCAUCAGUAGCAAUUGGUGCGAAUUCUGUCCUAGAAUUUGUGGCGCUUAACAUGGAUAAGGUCUCUCACCCAUCUUCUUCAAAGAGCCGUAUCGUUGUUAAUAUUGAGCAACAUUCUUAGCGUUUGCACAUGUCCCAUAAAUCUAACUAAUCUACAGGGUUCAACCAUCGAUUUUAACAGUUUCAUUGGGUCGUUCAAAUGAAUAAGUCUCUGUGAUUAUUAGAUGUAAUAAGUUAGUGUUUCUUUAGCCUCUUUUUCAGCAUCACACAUGUAAGUGAUGUUCAAAAAUACAUUGAAAUGUAAUGUAAAAUGGGAGAAAUUGUAAAUGCGACAAGUUGAAAAUUUAAGUUGCAGAAACAUGAUAACAAUUAAUUAAAAUUGACCGAUUUUGUUAAUGUCAGCUGAAAUCUGAUGGUCCUAUAUGUUUUAAGAUCCAAGACAUAUCUCUACAACAAACCGUUCACAAAAUAUGCAGUUUUGUAACUUUACUAUGGACCCCCUCCCGCCUAAUUAUCGAAUUUCAAAAAUCAAAAGUAUUUCAGACUAUAGAGAUGAUUAUUUAUAAACUCCAAAAAUAUUUUAAGAUUUUUGGUAAGGUCCUUUCUAGUCAGUUUCAGGAAGUUGCCCGAUUUCCUGUUAAAAAGAUUCAACAAGUGAGAGAAAAAAAAAAAAACAGGCUAACUCAAAUUAAA